UAUUCGUACACUUAAUGAAGAACUUUCUUCCUUGAACUCCAAAAUAUCAUCUUUAGAAGCGGAAAUUACUUCGCUUCGUCAAUUAGUUUCUCAAGUGUCUUUUUUAGAAGAGGAAAUUUCUUCACUUCGUCAAAUAGUUUAUCAGUUGACUCUUCUCGCGUUUCCCUCGGAUUUUAAUAAUUCUUAA